AAAGAAUAGCUACAAUACGGCAGGACGUUUCAGUACAAAACAAUAGAGAGAAUCAUAACUUUGAAAGACGGUGCGGACGGAAGCGCGCUCUCUAUUAAAUCGAACUUUCAAGUUUAUCAUGCCGUUUUCUAUGUAGUUUUUGCAACGUUUAUGUCGAACAAAUGCCAUUGAAAGUGCUAGAGUGAACUUGCCAAACAAUCGUUUCCAGCUUAUCGUUGUGCUCCAAAUGGUAAAGUUGAUUUUUGCUUUUAGCUGCCGAAUCAAAUAAACCUGCUUACAACGUUGGGAAACUUCAUCAAAAAGAGGCAGAAAUGGAGGAAACAAAGUGAACAAUCAUUCGCGUGGGAUUAUGUAAAAUUUAUGCCAAAAUGUAACUUUACUGCUAAGUAAAUAAUUCCUCAGUGAACUGUUGCUAUAUAUAAAUAUGAGCGGGAUAAAUGGAGAAACUCAAGUGCUGUAUAGUUUCACGUUUGAGUUUUCCCUUGUGUGUAUUCUAUGUAUUAUGUUUGCACCUAUAGAUGUGCUCGGAGCAGCUCUAAAGCAAGAUGCAAACCAAACUACCUCAUCGCCUUCUUCAGUGUUUUUCGCUGAUAAUUCCCGAAGAAACAUUGAAGCCAUUGAAGGCCAAACCGUCGUCAUUCCAUGUACAGUUCGAAACUUAGAUCGAGGAAAAGUUUCCUGGAUUAGGACCAAAGAUAUUCUCAUUCUCACUUCAGGCCCUCAUACAUUUGCCAGCGACUUUCGGUUUGAGGUGAUCCAUUCUGAGAAAAAUGUUGAGUUUUGGGGUUUGCGGAUCCGAGGCGUUAAAGAGGACGAUGCAGGGCAGUAUGAGUGCCAAGUGAACAGCGAACCCAAAAUGAGUCUAGCCUAUCAGCUAACAGUUUCUGCAUUAGGAGAAGCCGAGGAUAGUUCAAAAUGGUUGGGUUUUGCCAAAGUCCAGGAACCAAAAGAAGCAUACGUCCAACAUGCGUCUGCUUUUUCCAUCAGUUGCGAAAUAUUCCCGAUGUUCACCAGAAAUGUUAAUAUGGAUGUUUGGUGGCUGCACGAUGAUACCCAAAUUUCGUCAGAUACCAAAGAGUCCAGGAUUUCAAUAAAGACGUCGUUCAACAAGGAAAACAACAUCAUUCACAGCAUUCUAAGCUUCGAUUAUGUAACGUGGCAGGAUUUUGGCCUUUACACCUGUCUUCAGCCCUCUGUACGGAAGGAUAGCUUGAAGCUGGUUAUAGUUGAAGCUGAAUCAUCUGAAGCGAUGCAAAGGGAUUUUCCAUCGCCGUCCAGUUCAAGCCCAAAAUUUAGCGGCAUUUUGCCAUUUAAUGUCGUUUAUCUUUUACUUGUAAACAUGUACCUAAGAUUAGCAGACUGAUGUAGAGCUAAGCAGAUUGAAUGUAAAUACAAUUUAAAUAAAUUAUUAAUUUGC